AUGAGCCAACUCGCCUCUACCAAGGUCUUCGCUAUCCCAGAGCUACUGGAGAUGAUCCUCCUCCAACUCUCCUCCACAAAGCCGACCAAGCACAACAACUCCACCCACACCACCACCGACUCCGGCAUCUCAUACGAUGUCGUUCACCAACUCCACGCGGUGCGCCGCGUGAACUGCACCUUCAACCGCGAGAUCCUGGGCAACAUGCUCCUCGCCCAGCGCAUGCUCCUCGAACCAACUCCACAAGUCACCGCACGCAACGAGGUGGUGCACGCUACCCGGCCACUCCGCUGGUUCCUCAACCACAUCGGCCUCGGAGAAAUCACCUCACCCACGUACGCCGACUUCCGCGAUGGCUUCAUCGAUAUCCCCACCAUCCGAACCCACGACUUUGCCACUGGUCCUCGCCGAGAGUGCUUGAAAAGCAUCACCAAGGACGAAGCAUCGUGGAAGCAGCUCAAGUGGCUGGAGGCGCCCACGCCGUGCGACCUUCUCGUCGCCUUCAACGUCCAGUUCGCCACCCGCGGUCCAAGAGCCACCGGCUACAAGCCAAAGGACCUGAGGUGCUACCAGCAGCGAUUUGUGUUCCACUCCGGGGAUGUAUCGACACUCGGCGACGUCUGGAACUUCAUGGUCGAUUACGUGAAGCUAAGCCGAGAAGCACACUGGAAGAACUACAAGGAAUGGCAGCAGGAGGAGGCGGGAAAUGAUUGGGAGGGUUGA